ACGCUGUUUAGUAUUUAGAAAAACAAAGGUGAUUUAGAAAAACCCGAAAAUUUUUAUUAAACCUUUUUUAAAAUAAUAGUGCCAAGAUUUCAUUGUAAAUAUGAGUUCUGGUGGUAUGCUGUACGGUGGAGAUGAAAUUGGUGCUCUUGUGUUUGAUCCAGGGCAUCAUUCCUUAAGAGUAGGGUAUGCACAAGAAGAUACACCAAAAACAGAGAUCCCUUCUGUAGUAGGUGUUGGACCAGAAGAUCCAGACACCAAUCAAGAUUUGGAAACAAAGCAGGACAAUAAUAUCACACAAAACAAUACCGGUCGAAAGUAUUAUGUUGAUACAACGUAUGUAAAUGUUCCUAGAUCAAAUAUGGAAAUCCAAACUUAUAUGAAAGAUGGGAUGAUCGACAAUUGGGAUUUAUUUGAAAAAGUUCUCGAUUAUACAUAUGCCAAAGUUAUUCAGUCUGAGUCAGAAUUUCAUCCCGUUCUGUUCUCUGAAGCUUCUUGGAAUGUACGUAACAAUAGAGAGAAAUUAACAGAGCUUAUGUUUGAGAAAUACAACGUUCCUGCGUUUUUUUUAGUCAAAAACGCGGUAUUAGCUGCCUUUGCAAGUGGUCGUGCAACAGCUUUAGUAGUAGACAGCGGAGCAACACAUACAUCUGCAGUACCUGUACAUGAAGGAUAUGUUUUAUCUCAGGCAGUUGUUAAAUCACCGUUGGGUGGUGACUAUCUAUCACUGCAAUGCAGACAGUAUUUGGAAGGACAAGGAAUCGACCUAUCUCCUGCAUAUAAAAUUGCUUCAAAAGAAGUUAUCAAAGAAAAAGAUAAUCCAAGAUUUACUUUACGAAAAUUGCCUGAAAAUUUAACCCAAUCUUGGCAAAAUUACAUGCUUAAAGGGCUGUUGCAAGAUUUUCAAAUGUCGGUUCUGCAAGUUUUAGAAAGUCCAUACGAUGAGAGAACUGCUUCGCAAAUUCCAUCUCAACCAUAUGAAUUCCCCACCGGAUAUCAUCAAGAGUUUAGUUCAGAAAGGUUCAAAUUAGCGGAAAGUUUAUUUGAUCAUACUAUGUUAGGGGCAGGGCAGUUGGCUUCCACAAGUGUUGGAAUGUGUGAUGCCGAUGUUCGAAUGUCAUUGUUUGGAUCAGUUGUCAUCACAGGAGGAAACACACUACUUCAAGGAUUCCCUGAGCGUUUGAAUAGGGACUUGCAACACAGAGCACCUUCUAACACUAGGCUAAAAAUGAUUUCAGCCAAUGGCAGUGUUGAGAGACGUUUCGGGGCGUGGAUUGGUGGUUCAAUUUUAGCUAGUAUUGGUACGUUCCAACAAAUGUGGAUAUCUUCGCAAGAAUAUGAAGAAUCUGGUAAAAGUCAAGUGGAAAGGAAAUGCCCUUAGGUUAAGAGAAAAACAUAGCUGUAUUUGUGCAUACUUUUGUGAAAAUUUUAUUCCCCAAUUUUCAAAAUAAACAAUUUCUUAAAGCGAAGUACAUAUAAUAAAACAAAAUACGUAAU